GGACGAGGCCAUCUCGAAGCCAGGGAGGUUUGGUUAAGGCGACAUGCCGGCAAAUUAGGGCUAAAUCGAUCAAGGUUAGGGCUGUAAAUGGCACGUGUGGGCCCCCUAUCUCUGAUUGGAUAUUACCCCUUUUUGCUCCAUUUUAUCACGUGAUGCAGUCCGAUCCGCUUUACCUUUCCUAUCCCGAUUAUUUUUCAAGGACUCCGAUUGAAUGAUCUCGGCUCAAACAUCCAUCGAUCCUCACCAACGACUCGAUGGCUGCCCGCGAGCCUUCAAGGUGCCUACAAAGGGCGCUGCUCCGACCGUCACAACCUCAUAAAUAUCAACAGUUCGCUUUCUCGAAACGCAAUGCCUUCGGACAGGCUGCCGCCGCGGUCGAUGUUGAAGCUGAAUCUUCUUUGGCGACGCCUGUUCCUGAAUCCGUUAUAAAAUCAUAUAACCCUGUUGCACGAGCAAAGGCACAGAAUAAGUUACCUCGCAGUCGGUAUCAAUUCCGAUCACCAAAAUACGACCGUGGUCCUCUCCACCCUCACCGACCUCCUCCUCCCGCAGACCCAUCUUCGCGUCUAUUCAUUCCCGGCCCCUUCUCUCUCCCACGCGUACAACAAACUUACGAAUCAACCAUUGCCUCCGACAUCCUAACACUCUGCUACGUGCACCGACCUCCCGGUUUCCAACCACCCCCAAAAGCACCCCGUCUCCGAUCCUGGGACGACAGUUCCCCAUACCACAAAAAUCGACCUUUGCGCGGGCCUCGUGGUGGUGAUGUAUUACGCCUCUUGCGCAAACCCAUCACAUUCCGCAACUUGCCCAAGGUUGAGAGGAUCACGAUUCAUAGUUAUGUGAAAUACGCUGCUACGGAGGGUUCGCAAUGGCUUCAUGUUGCUGGUAUGGCUGUUCAGGCUAUUUCGAACGUUCGUGUUGAGACGUUCAAGUCCAAGACCAGUGUUGGUCCAUGGGGGAUUGUCCCUGGUCGUGAUACCGUAGCUGUCAAGGCUGAGUUGUAUCGUGAAGACAUGCAUCAUUUCUUGGGAAAAUUGGUGGAUGUCGUUUUGCCCAAGAUCAAGGAAUGGAAAGGUGUCAAGGGAAGUAGUGGUGAUAGCAGUGGGAAUAUUACGUUUGGUUUGGAGCCGGAGGAGAUGGCUCUUUUCCCGGAGAUUGAGGUCAACUAUGACAUGUACCCUGUCAAAAUGAUCCCUGGUUGUCACAUCACUCUCCACACAUCUGCAACCACUGAUAAAGAUGCAAGACUUCUCCUGAGUGCGCUCGGAAUACCAUUUUAUGGCAAAUUCGUUAAUUAGGUGUUCGGCGUUUAGCCAACUAGACAAAGCGCACAGUCAGGAGUUGGUGAGGAUAAGAUCGAUGUUCGUUACAUUACUUCUCCUAUGUAGUAUAGUUAUAUUUGUAUGAAUACAGUGUUUUGGUCUUUUUGAUCCAAACUUUGACAAGAGGAGAAAAUAUAAAUCAUUCCAAUCUCAUUACAUCGUUUCUUGUCCGAAAAACAUACCCAAAACCAAGCACAAUGACAUCUGGCAGUUGACAUGCACCCAAAACAAAGCACAAACAA